GUGUCGUCGAUGCACUUGGCGAACUGCAGUUUGUUCCGCAGCAUCGUUCCCAUCGCAUCGCGCAGAGCCUUGCAAUCGGAACACACGGUUGUGUGUUCAUCUACUGACUGAGUCGUCCGGCCGUCCUGUCGUUUGGCUCGCCGAAAGGCGCAACUUGUGUGACUUGUGCGACCAUACAGUGCUGUGUCGGGUCGUCAGGAGAACCAUCCCAAAAAAAGCGUCGUCGAGCCCCUGGCCGUUUACUGCGAGAAGGCACCGUUUAGUACGUGCCGCCGUAUCCAUUUUCCCAACAGAGUGUGCCGCUGACGUGAUCGAGAGUUUAGUCGUUUGAAUGAUAUACACAGUACUUGGGCAAUCGCUGAGUGAUGAAGAAACGGUUACCUUUAGUGGGCAGUGUUUGACGCGUGUGUUUAUUGAUUGCAAAAAUUCAAAAAAUAAUAAUCAAAACGCCGUUUCUAUCAUUACCGUAUGAUCACCUGUAACGGCGCAUCCACGAUUCUACAACCAACCCUUCCCGGUAGUCCGAGAACGAUCGUACCCGGGUGAAAAACACAUUGCACUUCUGAGAGCAGGCGAUCGCGCACCCCGUAAUAAAGUGAAGCAAACUGUUAAACCGUUGCCACCAACCGGGACGGUACGCUUUUGCCGUCGUCUUGUACGACAAUUUCUCGAAGGGACAAUGCCACACACCGCAGCGAACGAUGCGCGUGAGCACGGUGCAGUAGCUACGGCAGGUUUGUACAAGGAGUAAAGAAAGCUUCCAAAUACUAAGUGUAGUGGACAGCGGGUGCAAAACAAAGUCAAGCAAAAGAUCAACGUAAACGGAAGUAAACGGACAGUGUAGGGUGUAAGGGACAGGGUAGAGAGUUUGGACAAAAGAUGAAGCAGGGAAAGCAAUAGCAAGGAAGAAGGAAAAGAAGCGAAAUUGAGUGAAACACGAAGCAGGAAGCAGCUGAAGAAGAAGUAGCAGGCGCAAAGUAAGAGACACUUUGGUGAUCGCGACCAAGUGGGCCAUCAAUAGAGUUGCACUUCUGCUUCGCGAUUGAGCCCCAAUUCCGUUCCGAGAUUCGUUAACGGUAGCCGCCGAUGCAUCCAUAAGUAUUGUGGCAAAAUAGAAAUCGAGCGCCGGCACGCUUUAGUGCAUCUCUUAGAGUUGCAAGAAGGUGAAAAGAGCUAAGGAUUAGAAGGGAGAAAGUAGGAGACUAGGAGGAAGAGAGAGAGAGAGAGAGAGAGAGAGAGAGAGAGAGAGGGGUAUUCGCAUCCUCUGCGACAUCGCGGGAAGUAGCGCCGUAGUACACGCGACGAGCGCGAGUUUAGAAUGGUGUCACAGGAUCGUUGGGCGGAAGCAAUGUCCGACUCCGGGUACGAUUCGCGCACGGACGGCAACGGUGCGUCCAGCUCGUGCAACAACUCGCUCAACCCGCGGACACCGCCGAACUGCGCCCGUUGCCGCAACCACGGUCUGAAGAUUGGGCUGAAGGGUCACAAGCGUUACUGCAAGUAUCGCACCUGCCACUGCGAGAAAUGUUGCCUGACCGCCGAGCGACAGCGCGUGAUGGCGCUGCAGACGGCGCUGCGGCGCGCUCAGACCCAGGACGAGCAGCGGGCGCUGAACGAGGGCGAGGUGCCACCCGAGCCGGUAGCUAACAUUCACAUACCAAAGCUGUCAGAGCUGAAAGACCUGAAGCAUAAUAUGAUUCAUAAUUCUCAGACGAGAUCGUUUGAUUGCGACUCCUCCACCGGAUCGAUGGCGUCCGCACCGGGGACCUCCAGCGUGCCCCUGACGAUACACCGACGGUCGCCGGGAGUGCCGCACCAUGUCGCCGAGCCGCAGCAUCUCGGAGCUACUCAUUCGUGUGUUUCACCAGAACCUGUAAAUCUUCUACCUGACGAUGAGCUAGUGAAGCGGGCCCAAUGGCUGUUGGAGAAGCUCGGUUACCCGUGGGAGAUGAUGCCCCUGAUGUACGUCAUACUGAAGAGCGCCGAUGGCGAUGUACAAAAAGCACACCAGCGGAUCGACGAAGGUAAACGAACGAUCAAGACGUACGAAGCGCUGGUCAAGUCUUCGCUGGACCCAAACAGCGACCGGCUGACGGAGGACGACGAGGACGAAAACAUAUCUGUGACCCGCACCAACUCCACCAUCCGUUCGCGGUCCAGCUCGUUGUCGCGGUCGCGAUCCUGCUCGCGGCAGGCCGAAACACCGCGCGCCGACGAUCGGGCCCUGAACCUUGACACCAAAUCGAAACCCUCCACCAGCAGUAGCAGUGGAACCGGCUGUGAUCGAGACGAUGGCGACUGUAUCACGUUCGAUGACAGUGCGUCCGUGGUAAGGGCGACUCACGCGUCGCGGUCGGCCACGCGAAUGAGCAGAGGCCGUUCCCGCAGCCAAACGAAACGAUACUCCCAGACGGUGGAGAGUACCAACGCACCGAGUCGAUCGCCCGGGCCCGACGAGGAACCCUCCGUGUACAAGAGUCUCGCGGAGGCGGCGAGCAAAAUGGCGCGCUCGUUCAUUCCUGCCCGGGAGCCGGAAGAUUUGCACACCACCACGCACAAAUCGCCGGAACGGGAAGACAACCCGAGCCAACCGUACGAAGCGUACCUGGAGUCGGUACGGCGGAGUAAAAAGUCCUUCCCGCACAAGGACGCGGAGGGUGUGACGGAGUCGGCCGAGGACUGUUACGACAAGGAGAAGGAACACCGCAUACCGUACUCGUUGCCCAAGAGCACGUUCGAUCGGCUGGACCUGCUGAAGAAACCGAACGGGCUGCCGUUCCCGAUGUACAAGUACAACGAGCUCGAGGCGAACAACUUCCCGUUACCACUGCUGUUGCCCGGGCUGGAAGCGGUCAAUCGGACGCUUUACACGGCCCACUUCCCGACCCAUCUUCUACCGUCCAGCUUGUAUCCGCCCGUCAGUAGCGAGUCCACGACCGCACCAAUAUUCCACACCCACUUUCUAGGCUAUCAGCCUCAGAUGCAGUUGCCCCACGUCGAACCCUUCUAUCGGAAGGAGCAGCAGCAGCAGCAACUGCAACAGACAUUGGCCGAACCAAAGGAACAGACGACUUCGUCUUCGCCCAGCAACAAUCGCUUAACGCCACCCAAGGGUACAUUUUUCUACGCGAGUGCGGUGGAAAAUUCGCUCACUGCUCAUCAGGCUUCAAUUGCUACCAUCCACUAGAUUGCGCCGACAUUCGUUCCGAGAUGAUGGUGCAAGAGUGCAGCUUCCGGCCGUUCGGAAAGAUCGAACGAUGGGAGCUACCGGCCAACAGCAAAUCAUUCGAAAGCCGUUAGAUGCUACCCCUAGUCUUGGCUGUUACUGUGAGCUUCGCGGGUCACUAGUUCCGUUCCUUAGUUGCAUGGCAGCGACAUGAGCCACCAAUCCAACUCCAAUUCUUCCCAACAUCACCGACCCAGACCAGACGCCAGUCACGUGGAUGAGCCGUCUACUAGCAAGCAGAACUCUGUAAGUUUGGUUUAAUUUUACUUACAAAAUCUAAUCUUUACCGUGAUCGUCGUGUUAAAGAUAAGCUAAAACUCCGGGAAAGGACUCGGGACUCCGCGGAUUCUGACAAAAAAAAAAAACGAAGAACAAAAGCAGAACAUUAGUAUAUUGAUAUUUGUUUGUGUGUUUUCGAUCGUGCAACGAAGGUCUACACUGUGAUACAAAAUGUUGUGUACAGGAUAAAUAAUAGAAGUUUUGUUUGAAAGCUAAACAGCGAACAAAAAGAAAAUCGCAAGAGUUGUAGAAACAAGGAAGAGAAGGUUUCGUUUAAUGGUGCAUCACGUGUACACUUGCCUCAUGCAAAAGGAGAGAGAGAGAGCGAGUUAGAAUUAUUGUUGCUGUCUAAGAGAUACAAAAAGGCGAUAAAACUGUAACAAAUACUAAAACAAAACAAAAACAAAUGGAAGUGAAAAUAUGUAAGCUAAAACCAAACCAACCCUUUUUCGCGUUAUUUCGAUUUUUAGUUUGUAAAAGUGUUUCGUCUUUGGCGCCAAUUUCCCACCAAAUUUUAAGAAUACGCGGGCGGAAGCCAUCUGCAGCAACACUAACAGUAUGUGGUAGUAGCAAAAGUAUUGUUUUCGAUAGCCAUUCGACACAUUCGUGUUGUGUUGUGAAACAAAAAUCUCACUAAAAUGAAACUCAUCAUCGGCACAAAAUUAAGAGAAAGAUAGGGAGGGAGGGACAGAGAGAGGUAAUCUUGAGCACCACCGCACCCAAGGUGGAAAUUUUAAGGGAACGAACAAAAAAAAACAUUCAAUCCGUUACUCGUUACUUUCUCCUGUUUAUUUUUUGCUGAUAGCGAAUAGGAAACGAUUCAAUUCAUCUCCCAUGGAAGAUGAAUCAGCGUUGGUCUACACGACAGGGCAACAUUAGUCUGUUCGUUGUGCGAAAAGAAAAACAUAAGAAAAAAAAACAGCAGAAUAAAAACAAUGGCUAGUAAAGAAUCGAAUUGUGAUACACGUGCGCAUAGUGGGCGCCUACAUACGCAGCAUACUGUUCUAUGUGUUAGCCUUAAUAGUUUUGUGUCGGGUAAAGGGAGGACCCGGAAAAAAGGCUGGUGUAACUGUCGCACGGUUUUCUAUUAUAGUUCUUGGUUGUGCUGAAGUGGACACUCACACACACCCAAACUCACACACACACACAGUGCUGCACACGAUCGUACAAGUUUUGUUUUAAGGGAGGUUUUUACUGUGCUAAGUUCGAUUGGUUAGAGAGCUUGUUCUUUGCUUUGUGCUAAGUUUUAGGCGUAGGAAUAUGUGUUUAUCGUUAUCGUUUCAUCCGCGAGAUCGAGAGAGAGAGAGAGGGGAGAGAGAGAGAGCAAGAGAGAAGGGCAUCCCUAUCAGAAGUCAGAGAACACAUAGCCAACAAACGGAUGCUACAACAGUCGAAUUUAAAUGUUAGAAACAAACAGAGAAAUAGAGAAGCGACAUUCGGAGAACAGAUAAUUGAGGUAAGCAAAGUGAAAAAUGGAUGUAAGUGUACAGCAGCCAAGGUGUAAUGUUCCAUUUUAGCAGAAGAAGAAGAAAAAAACGCUACAGUAAAAGGAAAAACAAGAGAGAGAUAACAGAAAGAAAAAAGAAAGAAAGAUGGGAGAUAAUACAACUAUUUUAACGCAAGGAUGGCGAAAACUGAAUACAAUAUUAAACCGAAACUCUUUCUCCACUUAAACACGCAAACAUGAAAAUAAAAGGGCCGUACGAUUUGAACCAUUUGAUCGCCACCCUCCAUCAUCAUGAUCAUCACCUAAGAAAGCAUCCAAACUAUAGCAACAACGCAUAUAAAUAAAUAUAUUUUCACAAUUUCCCAUGUGCUGAUGGAUGUGUAUGUGGAAUGCAAACACCGUUUUUUCUUCAGUUUGGGAAAAUUGUUCUCGCUUCGCUAAAAAAAAAGCCCUCGUGUAAUUCCUGUACAUUAAAUAGUCCUACGGCAGGAUGCCUGAACAGAUCAAAAUUAAAUGCAAAUUUUAUCGCACCAACCUAGUUCACAUACCCAACAGCAUCAACACAAAAAAAUGUCACUUAUUAAACCUCAAAUAUAAGGGGGGAAAAUAGUCAAAACGAAGAAGUUGUAAAUAGAGUGCAGUGCAGCACAGAACAGAACAGAGUGUACAAUGGAACAAUGUAACGAUAGUAAUGCAUGAACUUGUCCAACAAAUCAAACGCAUGCAGCUUGAUUUGCCCCUAUGCAGAUGAAAGUGGUGUAAAAAUGCAGCCUGAUGUGAAGUAAGAUUUUAAAAGCCCUCCUUUACUCUCGCCACCCACCAAACCCCCCCAUUAAAGGACACAA